AAAGAUCCAGCUUCGUCCUCCAAAAGGAUCCUUCUUUUUCUUCUAUGAGCUCCAUUCAUCUUGCUAAACGGUUAAAUCCUGAAACCAGAUAUUGCGCCAUCACAAUGGGGUAUCUCAACAUCUCAACUCAUCUGUCCAUUUACAUAAAGAUAGACAAUGUUGAAAAUGUUCACCCCCAAACGGGCGAGUUGUCUGCUAUCCGAGUUUCUCUCUCCCACGUUCACGAGGCUCCAGCGCAGGAACCAUAAUGGGCCAAAUACAAGGUCUCAAAAAAGCCAUCCGGCACGAUCCCAACAUCAAUCGAUUCGCCAGUCUCGCCGGUUACUGUUUGCCCAGGCUGCCCAAGGCUUCAGCCAACUACCUUGCCGCAAAGGUUCCUAUAACACAAUGGAUCACAGGGUAUUCACUUGCAUGGCUGUGGAGUGACCUAGUAGCAGGAAUCACAAUCGGGAUCCUCCUGGUCCCUCAAAGUCUGGCUUAUGCUAAAGUCGCCGAAAUUCCUGCUCGGUAUGGCCUCAUCUCAAGCUGGCUGCCCACCUUGUUCUAUACCAUCAUGGGCACAUCCAAAGACGUGACCGCCGGUCCGACUGCUAUCAUGGGCCUGCUAACAGGAGAAAUUGUAACGGAUCUCGUGGCAGAGGGAUACAGUGCUGGGGCUAUCGCCAGUGCUGCAGCAUUCUGGGUUGGAGUGUAUUCAUUGAUCCUGGGGCUGUUGCGUCUCGGAUUCCUGCUCGACUUCAUUCCCCUCCCUGUUCUCUCAGGGUACGUCUCCGGUGCAGCAAUCACCAUCGUCCUUCAGCAGCUCAAAGGUCUCUUCGGCGAGGGAAAGAGUGCGGAUGAUACAGCUGGUGUGAUCCGCGUAUUCUUCCAGCGCCUGCCCAAUACUAACUGGCGGGCUUUCCUCAUCGCCUUGUCUGGAAUAAUCCUGCUGCUAGGUCUGCAGUACGUAGGUCGCAAAUGGGGCAAAGCUCAUCGCAGCCUCUGGUAUCUAUCCAUCUCUCGCAACGCACUUGCCCUCAUCAUCUUCACCCUCAUCAGCUGGGGCGUUAAUAAGUCGCGCCCGAACGACCCUCUGUUCGGUAUCUCCCAAGUCACUGGCGCAGGUAUUAUUCCUCCCCGGAAACCAGACAGCAAUCUGCUUCUCAAAGUUGCGGGGCGCAGCGUGGCAGUCUUCAUCGCUGCGGCGUUGGAGCACCUUGCUAUCGGCAAGGCGUUCGGGCGCCGCCAUGGAUAUGUUAUUGAGCAGGACCAGGAACUCAACUAUAUCGGGCUGGUUAACCUCUUCGGGAGCUUUUUCACCUGCAUGCCUGUUACGGGUGGGUUCUCGCGUACUGCUGUGAACUCUGAGUCUGGGGUGAAGAGUCCAUUGAGUGGUCUGGGUACUACGGCCUGCGUGCUUGUCAGUAUCUAUAAGCUGACGGAUGCGUUCUACUGGAUCCCGUCGGCAACCCUCUCGGCGAUUAUCGUCGUUGCGGUCUGGCAAAUUAUUGUCCCCUUCCAGGUCUUCUGGCAUUACUGGAAAACGUCUUUUGCCGACUUUGUCGGGAGCAUGGUUGCAUUCUGGGUGACGCUGUUUGUGGAUGUUGAGAUUGGUAUCGCUGCGGCUGUCGGUUACAGCCUGGUCUAUAUAUUGCUCCACCUGGCUUUUACGCAAGUGACGAUGGUGACAAGGGAGAACCUAUCGGAACUAUACCCUCCCUACUCAUCAUCAUCAUCAUUAACCAAUCCCAGUACGACCUUAACAUUGCCCGAGGACACAAUGGUCUUCAUGCUCCGGGACUCCAUUUUAUACCCAAAUGCUGCGCGCACUGCUCUUGAGAUCACGAACUAUAUCUAUUCAUACAGCUCUGGGGCGCAUGAGAAGCCGUCAACCACAAUGGAUGGACCUCAGAACAAUACCCAGGGAAAAUCUACCGAGCGACUUUGGAACGACACCAAACUGCGACACAUCCGCAAUCUGAGGAAGGAGGCUGGCACGAGUAACAGCGAGGAGAGCUUCCUGCCCUUUGUUCGGACGGUUAUUAUUGACAUGACUCGCGUCACGCACGUCGAUACCACAGGGAUGCAGGCUUUAGCGGAUAUCAGGUCCGCGCUGAAGGAUUGGGCAGGCACCGAUGCCGAGCUGACAUUUGUCGGGCUGAAUAAUCGAGUCAAAGAGAGGUUUCGACGGGCGGAAAGCUGCUUUGACGAGUCUUCGGGUGAAGGCGAGCCGAGGGAUGGGGGUUAUAUCGUGUUUGAUGCUCUUCAAACAGCGUUGUAUAGCCCACGUUCAGAGGACGUGAAGGGGACGCAGAACGAGUAGUGGGCUAUAUCGUAAUAAAGCUAUAUCCUCGAAGGCAUGGACAAUACUACUUACAGCUAACCGUCCAAGCAUUCUCCUUUUUUAGCUCUGUGCAGCUAGUUACGAUGUUUUCAGCUAGCCAGUGCAGGUGGUAGUACUAUUCUUGCGUCGUCCGGUACUUAGUUAGACGGUCCGACCGCAACGCAAGCCAUAAUUUGCCCGAUUCACCCAGCCGUGGAAUUAGAUAGAGGCGAAACAAGAUAGGGAUGUGAUCUCCAAUGCAUCUGCAUGCG